AUACAGGGAAAGAAACAGCCUAAAGCAGAUCUGGCAUAUAUUGUUCAAAUGUCCCAGAUGUUAUCAUGGAGUUCGGGGUGUUUUUACUUCUGAUCUGUGCUCCCUCUUUCACAUCUACCCUUCAAGUUCAAGACCCCUGGACCCCCAACAUUACUGAUCUUACUUUCAAAAACACUGACUUUGCUAUGAACCUUUACCGCAAGAUAGCAGACCACCAUGAUGACAACAUUUUCUUCUCACCGCUGAGUGUUUCGACAGCAUUUGUCACACUGUCUUUGGCAGCCAGGAACUCUACUUACAGUGAAAUCCUGUCAGGACUGAAUCUGGACAUGCUUGACCAAACUGGACAGCUUGAGAUAAUACCACAACUGUUUCAGUAUCUGCACGGCAACAUCAGUCAAGAUGGAGCAUUAAAAUUAGAGCAGGGAACAUCAUUGUUUGUAGACCUGCAUUUUCAUGUAGAAAAGGCUUUUAGUGAUCAGAUUAAACAAUUUUUUGAUGCUCAUAUUGAGAAUGUGGACUUUGGAAAUGCUGAAAUGAGUAAGGAGAUCAUUAAUAAGCAUGUGAGGAGAAAAACUGGGGAUAAAGUUAAGGAGCUGGUUACUAGUAUUGAACCACUGACUCGAAUGAUGCUGAUCAACACUAUUUUCUUUCAGGGUGCAUGGGAGAGUCCAUUCGAUCCAGACAGCACUAAGAUGAGUCGAUUUUAUGUAGACAAGUACAACAUUGUCCAGGUUCAAAUGAUGUUAAUCAGUGAUUCAUUCUACAUUAGCACUGAUGAAGAGCUUAAGACAAAAGUGUUGCGCUUGCCUUACUUAGGUGGUGCAGCAAUGCUCAUUGUACUUCCUGACAGUCAUAUUGAUUACACUUUAAUAGAUGAUGAAAUAAAUGCUGAGAGAUUUCUUCACUGGAUCAAGAACAUGAAGAAGAAAAAACUGGAAGUUCAUCUGCCAAAAUUUAACCUGGAGCAGUCAUAUCCUAUGCAUAACAUUCUACCAGCUAUUGGCAUUCAAGAUGUCUUCAGGGAUACUGCUAAUUUUACAGGAUUGAGCCAAGAGCCUGGUUUAAAAGUCUCCCAGGUCCUACACAAAGCUGUGAUUGAAGUGAAUGAGAAAGGCACAGUAGCUGCAGCAGCCACAAGCGUGGGAUUCACACCAUACUCCUUGCCAACAACUUUCAUUGUAAACAGGCCAUUCUUCUUUUUCAUAUACCAUGAAGCAACCAACAGUCUGUUGUUUAUGGGCAGGAUGGUUGACCCUACUCAGAAAUAAAUCUUUUUUUCUGUCAAA